UCUUAUCAUGUUUUUUAUACAUCUUCUGUUUUUGGCAACCCCCAGACGGUGGCGGUGCAGUAUUUACUGGAAUCACGAGGUCUCCUUGGUGGUGACUUACAAACAGCUGGUCUCUCUUUUGGGUGGAUUCCCCUUGAAAGUGACCUCUUCUCACUGAAUCUCCCCGAACUGUACACAGAGUACUUCCUACAUAGUGACACUUCGUGGCCCCACCACUUCGGUCAAAUGCUGGGUCAGCUCCUGCAGGAGGCCCUCGGACCAGGCAACUCCAUAGAAGAUGCUAAUGUGAGCCUAUAA